AUUCCCUAUCGACGUACAUUAUACACUCCUCAAUUUGCCCCUUUUGCCUCUAUCCCCAAUAAUAAAGACAAUAAUAUCUCUUUCCUAAACACACCAGCUUCUCACACAAGCUGUUCCAUCUUUCCCCAAAUCAAUGUUUAUGACCCCUUAACUUUUACCUCUUUGGCCUCGCCUUCAGUAAAUUCUUGUUCUAUCCGAAUUGAAGAUUAUAGUUCUAGCAAAGAUAAAUGGUAUUCCUACCUAGAUUUUAGUUCUUUAAAA